AUGUCCCAGCCGAACUAUACCGUGUACGUCAGGGUCCCCAUACCUCGGGGGGACUUUGUCGAUCCCCCUCCGGUACAUUGGGAUUCAACAAAGGACGAUGCUCUGUGGAGGAUUCUGUCCGGCGCAGCACAAACCGAGAUAGACUGGAACCAAGUGGCCGAAACGUUCGACGUCCCCGUCGACUUCCUCCUCCAGCAGGUGGCCUUUCUCACCGAACGCCAUGCGUCCCAGGUCCGAGCCCAGGUGCGCAAGGCCACCGCGGCGGCGAAAGGCUCCGCCGCGCCGUCCCCCGUCCCGGGCGCCGAACCCAGCUCGAGCUCGCACCCGCGGACGACGUCCGCCCUUUCGGCGAGACGGGACCCCCAGAUGCCGCGUCCCGAGAUGAACGCGAGCGGGACGUCGGCGUCGAUGCCUGUGCGCCCGAGCGCGAGCCGCGACGCGUCUGCCAACAACACAACCAUCAUCCUCAAGGACGCCUCUGGCUCGUCCCCGCGACACGGGCCGUCGUUGCCCGCAAGCAGGGCUGCCGACCCCGGGGGUUCGAGGAAGAGACUCGCGUCUCUGCCGGCGACGCUGCCGAGCCCCAGGCCUGCGGAGCUGCAAGACGACGAGCCUCGCGACGACGGGACGGCGUCCCCCGGCCCCGCCGAGUCCAGCUCCAACGAAUCCUCGUCCAACGAAUCCAGCCCCGCGCAGUCGCGCAUCAUCCGUCGCCCCCCGCGAUUCCAACCGCAAGACGCCGCGGAAGCGUACCCAGACGACGAAGACGACGAGUCCGAACCGGCUUUCCAGCCGUACCAGACCGGCCAGGACCUGGCUUCCACGCUGAAGGGGGACGGCAAGGCGAGCGUGCGCCACGCCCACAAGAGCUCCGCCAGGGACGUGAUUCACCAGUCCCAGACGUCGGAUGACUCCUCGACCGGCUCGCCGGUGGCCGUGCCAAAGCCCAAGUUUCGAAAGUCCAACUUGGCGGGGCCGUUGUCGCCCAAGCGGACCGCAGAGCUGUCCGGACGAAGUCCUACUGGAAAGGGGAAAGCAAGCUCGCGCGACGGAAGCGACGGCACGCUCAGCAUGGGCAGCAGCUUCAGCGAUCUGGAUGAUGCGUCGGUCACGCAAUCCGCGCUCGAGGAAGCUCUUGCGAGUCAUAUGAACCGACCAGGCGCCAGCAGCCGCUUCAGCAUUAGCCAGGCGUUCAGAAGCCGGUACAAGCCCGGUGCCAACUGA